UAAAGCUCGUCCUCUGCCUUGGUUCUUUCGUUACUCCAUCUCCAGUCCCGUGAUCGCGAAACCACCACACACAUCGUACUCUUUUCUUUUCUCACAAUUAUCCCUUCUCUUGCAAUGAAGAUUUUCUCCGUUUUCUUAAUUUCCUUUCUCUUCUUCGCAUUUCCUAGGGCUGAAUCUACUGGAUCCGUUUUCUUCAUUGAUAGUACAAAUCAUCAAUUUAUUCGCUCUCAGUCCUCCAACGAUGUUGCUCAGUCAGAGUCGAUGCUGUUAGCUGAAGUUGGUGCUACUGUAUCAGUCUUGCUUGGUUUUGCACCACCCACUACCCUUUCAGCUGCUGGUUCAUCUAAGCUAAAUGAGGUUCUCAUUCCUGAUCCAUUUAAUAGACCUCGUGCUGUUUUUAUGCUUGAAGUCAGUGGAAUCAAUGAUCCUCUUGUUGUUGACCCCAAGAAUGCUAUCUUCGGAAGAGCCUUGAAGAGUAGCGUAGAUCUUGGCUCAAGUAAAGCAGACAUUCAGCUUCCAGAUGAAGAGGAAGUGUCUGUGGUUUCUUUGGAUGAGCCUCUUGGAGAUUACACUGAAGAAGAUAUUAUUGACUUUGCAUCCUGGUUGGGUGGAUCAUAUGUUGCUGAUGCUGCAAAACCUUUUCAUGGAGUAAUGACUAUUCCUUUGGCAGAUGUUGACAAUGUGAAUCUUCGUAUGUCAGAGAAAGCACACAACGAAUUUGUUUCAAAACUGCUUGCUCUGUACUGCAAUAUAAGGAAAGCAAUGGAGAAGCAUGGACAUUUGUCAAAGACUUUGCGUAGACCUGCAGAGAUAAUAAUGGGUUCUUUUGGUGGUAUUAAGGUUUUGCUGGAGCAGCAAGACCGAGAUGGUGUUGAUAAGCUAGGAACUAGGCUUCUGCUUGCCACACUUUCGAAGAUAUAUGGUUCACUGCAGACAGCUUAUGGAGGUCAACUUGUUGGAGUUAUUGUCUUUAAUGGGGUACCUCAGCCAGAAUCAAAAACAUUGAUGAAUGUGAUCUAUACCUCUCGCUCAUCUCCACGUUGGUUAGCAGACACAAAAAGCUCCGCUAAUACCACCCUUGCUGCACAAGUGUUGGUUAGAAGGACCCUUGCUUGGAUAACUGGAGUUGUUCUUCUUAUUGCAACUCUCUUGGGGGUUUACUUCCUUCUGAAUAUGCCAUUGACAAGGGACACACUUUUGUAUUCAAAUGUCAAGCUAGACUAAGCUGGAACAUUAGAGCUAUUGGAAGCGGACAAUGAUUUUUUAUAUUUUUAUGUGGGAAAUAAUUCAAGGAUAUCAUGUAUUUUGUUGUUUAUUCAAUGAUGUUGGAUUAGGUUAAUCGGAGGUGAACCAAAUGCCUUUUCCUUUUUCCUAGGCAUUAUUAGCAGCUUGCAUCAAGUAGAAAAUUGGGCUUUUUUCAGGGUUCCCUUUGGAUUUGGGCAAAGGGGAUGCGAUUGAAUUGAUCUCUUGUUAUUGUAUCUAUCUAUCUUUAUUAUUGUAUGUAUUUAUCUAUCUAUAUACACAUAUCAUAUGGUGUUCUAAGAGUA